UUUACUUCCGGUCUUAUUUAAUGGCCGACAUCGGCUGUUGAUCAAUUUUGGGUGAAUUCUCCUGAUUUAGUUCAGGAAUAUAGAAAUAUAUAUAUUUAUUUAACACAGCAUUCCAAGUUCGGUUUAUUUUCUAACAGUAAUAUUUUUUUCAUAUUCAAUCUAAAAGGUUUCCAACAGAUUUGGAACCCAAUUAAACACCCGACAACUCAUUAAUUACAAUAACAUAACAAAAAAACCUUCCAACUUGUAUGGUUUUGAUACAAAGAAAAUCUCUGGUCUUCAUCUACUUCUACACACCCGAUACGCUAAUUGUCUAUUAUGGCUUCGUCAGUAAUCGAUUUUGCUGCGAUGUUGUUGUCAUCGACGUAUUCAUCAAAGGAGUCAGUAAACAAAAUGAGUCUGGGGAAUGACAAACAAAUGGAAACCACCAAAGAGGAAUGGAUGGAGAAGUUGAACAAUUUACACAUCACCAGAGCUGAUAUGAACAGAUUGAUUAUGAAUUAUUUGGUCACAGAGGGUUUUAAAGAAGCUGCUGAAAAAUUCCGAGUGGAAUCAGGUAUUCAGCCUUCAGUGGAUUUGGAUCAACUGGAUGAGAGGAUUAAGAUUCGAGAUGCUAUACAGAAUGGUCGUAUCCAAGAAGCCAUUUCACUUGUUAAUAGUCUCCAUCCAGAGUUGCUAGACAAUGAUCGUUAUCUCUAUUUUCACCUGCAGGUAACACCUACAACAAACGCUUUUGUUGCUAGUGAGCUUAAUGCUGCUAUUUUGGAUGUUGAUUCCACCCCUAAACUUGCAAAUCUUCUCAAGUUAUUGUUAUGGGCCCAAGAGGAAUUAGACAAGAAGAAAGUGAAAUAUCCCAAACUGGUUGAUUUGGCCAAAGGAGAGAUUGACUUCCCAAAAUAAUUGAUUUCCCGGGGUUUUUUUUUUUUUUUUUUUUUUUU